AUGCUGAAAAGUUUUACGGCUCUGAGCACUGCUUAUGGUAUAGAUCAUGAGCCAAUAGCUGUUAAAGAGUUCGGAGAAUCGUUAGAAAUAGAUAUAAAGCCGUGCGGAUUUUUUGUGGAUGAAAACGACUAUUAUCUUGGGGCAGCACCGGAUGGACUUGUAGAGCCAAAUGAAAUGGCAGGAACACGAGGAAGGAAAAUAUUGGAGAUGGUGUAUAAAAUCAAUACCACAUCCAAUGACCGUCAAAACGACGAAACUAUAGUAGACUUAAAUCAGGUUCCACCACAACAAGAUAUACUUUACUAUUCAAACGAAAGUUCAGAGUUUAACUCAACAUCAGCUACCGAUCAAUUAUCCAAUUCUGAAAUACUGAAGAGAGAAACAAAUUUGCAUCAGAUGCCACCUGAAGAUGAAAACACUUUGCCUUCAACAUCUACUCAUCAAUCGUCAUCAUCAGAUUCAGAUUCUGAUUCAUCCUCAUCAGAUUCCUGCAGUUCAAGCGAGGACUUUUCACGUGACGACAGCUUGAAAGAUCCCAACUAUAAUGAUUCUUCAUCUUCUUCAUCCUCUGAAGUAAUACCUGAAGAAGUAGAAUUACAGAAAAAAAGAAAAAGGAAGGCUGACCAAAACACAUGGGAGAAAACUGCUGCCAAGAUUCGCCGUAAUUCUGGGAAAGAAUAUGUAUCCAGUUCUAAGAGCAAGAGGAUUUAUGGUGCUAAAAAAAUUGGAAAGGCAUGCACUAAUAAAUGUAGACUAUAG